AUGGCAGGAGAAAGUAAUAGUGACAAUAAUGGUGUAAAGAAGAAACCAAAUAUUGGAGAGAAAAUAAAAAAAUAUAAAGAACAAUCAGAGACAUCGGUGUUUAGAGAUGCAAGACCCAUUCAUACACCAUUCAAAGAGUAUCAACCAAAUGGAUACCAUCUCAAGUUUAUGCAGGUGAUUACACGUCAUGGUAGACGUACACCAGAGAGUACUAGGUAUCCACUAGAGAUGUGGAGUUGCAACAACAUUGAAAACUUGAUCAGCGAUCAUACCGAGAAGCCGACUUGUGCCAAGGGUCAGUUGACUGUGUUUGGCACCAAGGAUCUCAUCAAUGUCGGUCGAGCAUACCAUACUCUGCUUAUCGACCGUCUCCAGUUCCUCUCACCACAAUACACGCCAUCAGAGAUUUACAUCCGGUCUUCGGAUCGCGAACGAACCAUCUCGUCGGCACGAUCACUCAUGCACGGUCUCUAUGGUGGUUCGUUUGCCGAGUCGAACGAGCGGUCUCCCAGAUCAUCGACGUUUGAGAUACGUCCAGAACCCAUCGAAAAUAUGUAUCCUCGCGGGUCAUGUCAACGAUUUAGCUUUUUAAAGUCACUCCUACCCAAGCAUCCAGUCGUGUUGAACGACCAGAAAAAGAGCGAGUUGGCCAAGUUUAAUCAACGUGUUCAAGCUAUCUUUGACGAUGCCAAGGAUGACGAUGCACCAUUUUAUCUCCAAGGCUGGCGCAGUUAUGCCGGCUUGGUCAACAGCUUUGACUGCUUCAAGAACCACGGUCUUCCACUGCCACGUGGAUUCACACAACAAGUCGUCGAGCGUAUGUAUCUCGAAGCUGCCAAAGAGUACAAGUCGAUGGGACUGUUCCCCGACAUGUCUGUGCUCGGUAUUGGCCGUUUUGUAGGCGACCUUUCACGUCAAAUGUUUGCCAAGGCCAACAAUGAAAAAUCGGUCCAUCCACUCAAAUUUGCUCUCUACUCUGCUCACGACUCUACCCUCGCCAGUCUAUUAGUAGCUUUUAAAAUGUAUGAUGAUAACAAGCAUCCAGAAACUGCUUCAACUUUGGAAUUCUUAUUAUAUGAAAAGGAAUCAGAAAAGGUGGAAAAGGAAAAGGAAAAAAAGACAGUUGUUGGUUCCAAGGACGAUGACAAACAAUUUGUUAAAAUCAUUUAUAAUCAAAAAGUAUUACAUAUGGAGGAUUGUAAUGACCAAGAAGUUGAUAAUAUGUGUCCACUUGGUAGAUUUAGAGAGAUUUGUGAUUCACUCAUUCCAACCAAUUACACUGAACAAUGUAAAAUCACAGAUGAAGAGAAAAAGAGAUUUAAUGUUGCCAUUCAAAAUGCUAAAUUAUAA